AUGCGUGCCUUGACGAAGAAGGGGCAUGAGGCGAGCUUCAGCGGCGGCCACGGCCAGGCCUGCAAGGAUGAAGAAGCUGCGCGCAGCUAUUUUCAGCUCGCCAAAGGCUCCAUCGAUGAGCACCUUCAGAAACCUGUAGAAUCCGUUAAUGGAAGCCUCUUUGACGCAGGCUGCGUCUUCGCUUCAGACACUGCCUCAGGGGGCGGGCGAGCGGCGAAGCCCGCGUGUCUCGCCUCCUCGCUUCCUCUUCAGUCGAUCGGUGUGCCGCCGCUUCUUCGUUUCCUCUCGCACCGAGGCAAGAGCCAGGCCGAGCGAACCAUGAGUGGCGGAAUGACAGCAACAUGCAGAGGCAAAGGCACACAAUGCCCAACGACGAGAGACUGCGAAGGCGGCGAAGCCGCCCACAGGCCAGAAGCAGCCACCGGCGAGUGUCGCGCGACGCCGCCCGUAAGCUCAGCCUCUUAUCCAUCAGGAAAAGGCGGAGAAGGAGGCAACGAACGCACACGAAGCAUCGAAAGAACUCGAUUUCAACGCGGCCGCCGUCCCCGCCGCCUUCGCCUCCUCCUGCGGGCUUUGCACGCCGGAGCGUCCUUCUGCUUGCCUCUCUUUGUCUUCUUCUUCCUGCUGUCAUUCCCUUCGCUCCUAGUGCGCCUUGGCCGCCAGCUCGGCCUGCGUUCUAUGCGAAGAAAAAGAAUAGGACUCACCCGUAUUCUGCAGAGGCGACUCCCUUUCAGCUGGUCGCCAGAGUUCUUCACAUGCUCUUCAGCCUCCUCGCCCGUCCGUGCGUGGCCACCGGAUGCCGUGCCGACUCUCGCGAGGCCUUUAGUUCCCCGCUGUCUGUCGCCGUCUCGUUCGACUGUCAUCACAUCGUCUCCUUGUCCUCCAGCGAAUGAUUCAUCUUUUCACUCGAGUGUGUCGCUUCCCUCAGGCUCUCUGCGGCCGUCCUCGGCAUCUUGUUCUCCUUCUAUCGCGUCUUCUGUCCACGUAGCGGCGUUUUUGGUGCACGCGGGCCCUCCACGUCCGACGUGGGAGGACGUGCUGUACAUACACCGCGAGGGGCUUUUAGCUUUCGCGCAAGGUGGCGACGCGCGUCUCCUUUCCGUGCGGGCUCCCAGCGAAGCUGCAGCUGCCUCCAUCGAUAAUCCUGCGGAAGAAAUGGAGCCCGCAGAGCUCGCGGAAGGACUCGUUCCUGAGUUGUCUCUCCAGCGUGUGAGCCGCGAGUUCGCCGAGCGGGUGUCGAGGAGUGAGGCCGAGCUUCGCGCAUUCCUUUCAGGCGCGACCGGAGGAACCGAAGAGGCGAAGGCGAGGCAGACGCCACGUGCAGAAGGAGCGGAAGCAAAUCGAAGAGGAGGCCAGUCCAGCCAAGACGCCAGCAGAGGAGAAGAGGGGGAGGCCGCAGUCAAGCCGCGAACUGACAGCGAGAAGCAGCACAGUGGAGAACGAGCCGGUCAAGCGCAGGCCGCGGACGGCGAGGGAGAGGAGGAAGACAAGCAGAGAGGCGCGAGGAAGCGCAGUGACCCAGUGGCUGGCGGCGAGCGGCUUUCGAAAGCUCUCUCGCGCGUAGUCCCGCGUUGUGCGAUGGGCGCCUGCAGCGGGCGAUGGCAGCCGUUUCGGAUGCCUUGGUUCAGGCUUAUUUCGCACACAGGCGAGCCAGUUGACGGCGAGCGGAAGGGACAGGAAGAACUCUUGUUGAGGGACUUCUACGAGAUCGCAGUUGUGCCUGCUUACUUGGCGUUCCUCGAAAACGUCGCGGAGAGACUGCUCGCCUCGUUUCGCCUCGAGUUCUCCUCCUUCGUCGCGGGUCUCCCUGCGUUCGACCUUCAAGCGCAAAAGCUGAGGUGUACAUACACCCGGGCGCUGCAGAAGGCAGCUGCAGCCGCAGCUCCGCGCACGUCGAAGCGCGCGCGCGCUUUCCUCCGCGCCCUCGUUCGUCAGGGCUGCUUCUUCUGCGGACCUUGCCCAGCAUUCGCGGACGAGUCCUCGCCUUCCUGCUCGUCGUUUUCAGACUCGGCGGCAGUGGCUGACGCGUGCGCCCAGUCUUCGCUGUCUGAUGGUGUGCCCUUGCGACCGUCUUUAUCCGCCCCUCUGGGCCCGCAGCUGCGGCCUCGACCGCCGCGGUGUCUCGCUUGCGUCCAGCGCGAGUUCGAGUUUGCUCUGGCCCGCUUGAUUGCGGAGCGCCGCGAAGAGGGGCGGGAGAUGGAGGAAGGCCGCCAAGCGAUGUCGCGCGAGUAUCAGAAGCGCCUCUUCGCCUUUCUGUUUCGCAAGGCGCUCGCCAGGUGGGGGCCGCUCGCGCUGCAGCUCCUCUGGCUCUACGCGAAGAAGAAAGUCCUCGAGGCCUGGCGACGCCGAACGGAGUCACGAGACGCGACGCCCAAAGCGGCGCCAGACGCGCGGGUUAGCCGCCUGGAAGAGAGGGCGAGCGGCAGCGCCAGCGAGGCGCCGGUGGAAGGAGCAUAG